AUGGUAGAGUUUUAUGAGUUAUGGGUUGUGAUAGUUUCACUCUUAGUGUUGAAGCUAUGCCAUUGGAUCUAUCAAUGGAGCAAUCCAAAGUGUAGCGGAAAGCUUCCUCCAGGCUCUAUGGGUUUUCCGAUCAUCGGAGAAACUUUCGAGUUCAUGAAACCUCAUGACGCUCUUCGGUUUUCAACAUUCCUCAAAGAGAGACUCCUUAGACAUGGACCACUUUUUCGGACAAGUUUACAUGGAAACAAAGUUAUAAUCUCGACGGAUAAUGAAUUGAAUAUAAAGAUAGCCAAGACAUAUAGAAUUCCUGGUUUCACCAAGAGCAUAACACAGCUAUUUGGGGAGAACAACUUGUUUUUGCAGAGCAAGGAGUUCCAUAAUCAUGUCCGAAACUUGACGUUCCAGUUGUUGGGCUCACAAAGUUUAAAACUGCGAAUAAUUGAAGAUAUCGAUCUCUUGGCUCGUAAACACAUGCAGGAAGGAGCUAGGAAUGGCUACCUUGACGUUAAGGAAACGACGAGCAAGAUCUUAAUUGAAUGCCUCUCAAAGAAAGUUAUGGGUGAGAUGGAACCAGAGGCGGCGAAAGAACUCGCUCUCUGUUGGAGAUUUUUUCCGAGUGGUUGGUUUAGAUUCACCGUCAAUCUUCCUGGAACAGGUGUCUAUAGAUUGAUGAAGGCAAGACAGAGGAUGAUGAAGAUACUAAAGGAGACAGUAAUGAAGAAGAGAGCAUCAGGAGAGGAGUUUGGGGAGUUCUUCAAGACAAUAUUUACAGAAAAUGAAGGAGGAAAGGAAUCGAUAAUGAACGUAGAGAAGGCGGUCGAUUACAUAUAUACCUUCUUUUUGAUUGCUAACGAAACAACACCACGGAUUCUUGCCGCUACGGUAAAGCUCAUAAGCCAGAACCCUCAAGUCAUGCAGGAGUUGCAAAGAGAGCAUGCCGGAAUUUUGGGAUCUAGAACUGAGAAGGAGGCCGGCCUAACAUGGGAAGACUACAAAUCCAUGACUUUCACUCAUAUGGUGAUCAAUGAGUCUCUUAGGAUCACAACCACGGUGCCGACAGUCCUUAGACUACUUGACCAUGACAUCCAAGUCGGUGAUUAUACGAUUCCAGAGGGUUGGACCUUCAUGGGCUAUCCAAGUGUCCAUUUCAAUCCCGAAAAAUACGAUGAUCCUCUAGAAUUUAAUCCAUGGCGCUGGAAGGGAAAAGACUUGGGCGCGAUAGUCUCCAAGAAUUUCACUCCCUUUGGCGCUGGUCUUAGACUUUGUGUAGGAGCUGACUUCGCUAAACUGUUGAUGACCAUGUUUAUCCAUCAUCUGUGUAGAUAUAGGUUUGUUUUUAUGAUCGUUUAA